CUUGAAAUUCGCUUCGCGUAAAGUGUUUCGAUAAUUUCCUGGUAAUUUUGCGAGUUUUUCGAGUGCCUAAUCUUUUGAAAAUGUGCCUCCCGGAACGGGGACAAUUUGGAGCACAAAGUGGAAACGUUUAAUUAUGUCGGCCAAUUUCACCUGUCGUGUUUGCGGGAAUGUUCCGAUAGUGGAGGGUAAACCGAAACCGUUUGACGAGGUAGCUGCCGUGUACUAUAAAAUUACGGACCUUCAGAUAGUCGAUGAAUCAGCACUUCCCAAGUUUGUGUGUCAAUACUGCUAUGGAAAAUUGGUAGGAAUAGAUUGGUUUCGUAAGAUGUGCAUUACCUCUUAUGAUAGACUAGCAAAUCCUAAACCAACCAUGUACAAUCAACCAUUUGGUUCUAUGAAUAACGAAGUACACAAUCGUGGAGCAUUCGAGAUGUUCCCCAACGAACGCAGAAAUCAUUACCCACCAAAUCCGAUGCAAAGCUUAGAACGCGCAAUUCAUAGUCAUGAAUCCUCAUUGAACUAUUCUCAUCCGCAACCGCAAGAUAUAGUGGCGCCAAAUAUUUCAAAUCCCCACUUGGCAUCUGAACAAAUGAAUUCGGCUUUCAACAGCGCUCAGAUACCACAGGAGCAACCGGUCGUUCCGUCGAGCUCAAACAAUAAGAAAAAAGUAACAUCCGCUUCCAAUUCCGAUUUGGUUUCGAUCCAUCAACGGUUGGAUCAAAUUGGGUCUAAAAUGGACGUUCACAGUGCUAUAUUGCAGCGACUUGAACUGUUAAUAACUAAUGGCUCAUAUGUCAAACCACACGAGUCGGUAAGAGACGAUCUGAGGCAGCGCUGCAGUGAAACGUUCGAAGAAUUCGAACAAAUGGCAAAGAUUGAAACUGCACAACAGUUAACCGAGCUGGAUGUCAAUCUGGCUAAUCCGGUUUUUGAGGCAAAGUUCUUCCGAUACUUGCAGUCAGUUUAUAACCUUACUGGUAAACGGGAAGGAUUUCCUUUCUUCAAGACGGUAGUACGCAGGCUGAUAGUGCCGACCGUAUUGCUACCGUAUUCAUGGAAAGGAAACAGUCGGUCCAAGAAAGGAGAUCAAGCUUCAGUUGUCGUGAACGAUAAAAACUAUAGUUUUAAGAACAUGUUCCCAAAUUUCGUGCGAUUCAUCUAUCGGGUCGUCAGUGCCGCUGAUAUUGAGUUUACCAGUGAGGAUAACGAGAAAGCAUUCAGUGAUCAUCUUCGGCAGAAAAAUACCGAGGUGAAACGGUUCAUCGAGUCAAAUGGAAUGCAGCGGGAGGCUUGCAAUCGGAAGCGUAGAAGAAGAGAACCAACGAAGGAUGACGGUGUUGGUUUGGAGCAUGUGCUCUGUGUAAACGACACUACAGAUGGCGAUUUCAGUUAUGACGAAGAAACGUUUUCUGAUACUGGUGGCGAAAAUAUUAAUAUAAAACAGGAACGAUUGGAAGCGCUAGGUUCCAGUGAACCGGAGGUAGGUGGAAAAUUCAGCAACGGAUAGAGAAGGAUCAGCUGAUUGAAUACUCAAAUAUAACAUA